GUAGUAGAGUCGUAAAAAGGAGUAAAAUCAAGAAAUCAUCGCACGACAACUCUUCUCUCCAAUCUCUCUACCCUAGACUCUCUCUACUACUAUUAAUCUAUCUCCAGAUCUCUAUUUCAGUUUUGCAUAAAACUCUUCUCUUCUCUCUUUCUUCUUCCACCGCCACCACCGCCACUGACCAACUCUAGGUUUAGUAACUAAGUAAAGAGAUAUACUAGGCGCCGCUCUGAUUCCACAGCCGCCGCCACCACCAUCGCUAACAAAGUCUACUCCUGGUUUGAUUUUGGAUUGGGUAUAAUCUAAUCUGGCAAGAUCCGAUCAAAUAUGUCUUCAUCAGUUGGAAGGUACAUGGCUUACUCACCAUCUCCUUCUUCAAGUACUACCGCUCCUCACUCUCCUCACUUCUCUGGAAUUCGCUCUGCUACUACUGCUCUCGUCGAACAAGAGAAGUACCUCUCAGAGUUAUUGGCUGAGCGUCAGAAGCUGAAUCCUUUUAUGCCAAUACUACCUAACUGUUGUCGCUUGUUGAACCAAGAAAUAAUGCGUAUAACCACAAUGUUGGGGAAUGCAUCACUUUUUGAACAAAGUGGGCUUGAACAUGCUAGUCCCUUGUCAUCUGGAGGAUUAUUUUCGAAUGGAGGAGCUGAUAUUAGUGGAUGGGCAUCAGCAUUUCAAUCAGAAAGGUUAGGGUUGCUACAGCAAUCAUCAGCUCAAAGCUGGCUUGGAUCACAAGGUAGCUCCUCGGGUCUUAUAGUUAAGAAAACAAUUCGGGUGGACAUUCCUGUAGACAAGUACCCUACUUUCAACUUUGUGGGUCGUCUCCUUGGACCAAGGGGGAAUUCUCUUAAGCGCGUGGAGGCAAAUACGGAUUGUCGGGUGCUGAUCAGAGGGCACGGAAGCAUCAAGGAUCCUACUCGGGAGGAGAUGAUGAGAGGAAAACCAGGCUUUGAGCAUUUGAAUGAACCUCUCCACAUACUCGUGGAGGCAGAAUUACCAGCUGAAAUAAUUGAUUCACGAUUGAUGCAAGCCCGUGAAAUCCUCGAAGAGUUGCUCAGACCAGUGGAUGAAUCUCAGGACUUUUUCAAGAAACAGCAACUCCGGGAGCUUGCGAUGAUCAAUGGUACUCUGCGUGACGAAGGUUCACAUAUGUCAGGGUCUGUGUCGCCCUUCAACGACAGCCUGGGUAUGAAGAGGGCAAAAACAAGGGGCUAGAGGCUCUGGGUCUGCAAAUCCAAGAUGGUCUUUGGGGCCUGUGGUGUGAAAACUUGUUGUGGAUAGUGCCUCUACAAUCUGUGUGGUGAGCACUGGGGAAUCUCAAUUGUCGGUGGAGCACUGGUAACUAAGGCUGUGUCGGUUACUAUAUGAAGUGUGUUCUCAGUAUCUGCAUAAGCGGCAGGAGGAUGGAUGCUUUGAUGAUAAGUAGGGAAGCUAGUGGGUGCCGCCAUUUUCGUUUCUAAAGAUUGCCUUCAUGUUGGUUGGUCAGUAUCAUUGUCUGUGUCUAGUCUGUAGUAUGAUGUUUGUUAGGUCAGAAGUGGUGAUAGCAGUUUUGAUAAAUGGUCCAGGGAAGAAAAAAAAGUUAUGUAAUGCUAGCUGUUGUCUUUAUUUCAGAAGAAUAGGUAACAUAGACCCUUGUUUGUAGUGUCCUGGUGCCAGUGGGACUUGAAUCACUUGAUGCAGUGCUUUGUACUCUUUUAGGAGAAGUGUAGGUUGUAUUUGAAGUUCCAGAAAUUAUUAGAUGUCGCAUUAUAUCAAUUACUGUUUUUUUUUUC